AUGCAGACAAUAAUCAGAUAUGUGACCCUGUGGCUGGCCUUGGUUAUUGCCUCUCUUGCGGCGUCGCAUGAAGCUGCUCGAUGCAUCAUGUAUCUCACGGGACAACACGUUGUGAUGCCAUCAGAAGACCACCUCAUUGAUCCAAUAACCCAUGUGAUUCUGGCAUUCAUGCGGUCCGAUGUGUUCAAUGUGGACGAGACUCCAACUGAAUUCCCCCUGUUUGCAACAGUGAGUGAAGUUCGAAAGCAGUUCAAGCCCGCUACCAAGAUCAUGGUGGCCAUUGGAGGUUGGGGAGAUAGUCAAGGAUUCGAAGCUGCUGCACGCGAUGCGACUUCAAGAAGGCGGUGGGCUGGCCAGGUCAAAGCCAUGGUCGACCUCACAGGAGCUGAUGGGGUCGAUAUUGACUGGGAAUAUCCAGGUGGAAACCGUGACGACUACAAGCUCAUACCCAAUUCCCAGCGUAAAUGGGAGAUCGAAGCAUUCCCUCUCCUCGUUGCCGAGCUUCGAUCAGCGCUGGGAGAUGACAAGCUACUGUCGGUUGCGGUGCCGGCUCUGGAACGAGACCUGAUGGCCUUUACAAACUCGACUGUUCCCUCCAUUGUGGAACACGUUGAUUUCAUCAAUUUGAUGACAUACGACAUGAUGAACCGGCGUGACAGCUACGUUAAGCACCAUAGCGGAAUUGACGAGUCGGAGGCAGCAAUAAGGCGAUAUAUGGACCGCGGCGCACCUCCACACAAACUGAAUCUCGGACUGGGCUAUUACGCCAAGUGGUUCAUGACAGAAAAGUGCGACGCUCAGCAGCCGUUGGGAUGUCGUACCCAGCUGCUGGAGGAUCCUACCAGCGGAGCGGACCUAGGCAGGACGGGCGCCUUCAGCUGGCAUGACGAAGUCCCUGUCGAGUUGAAUGAAUCUUUCACGAGGGCUCAGGCCCACGGCUUCUAUGACUACGACGGAAGCUACGGAUACUGGGACGCGGAGGAAAAGAGGUGGUGGUCGUACGACACGCCGGACACGAUCGGGGCCAGGAUUGCAUGGCUUGUCGGACAGCUGGAGCUUGGCGGAGUGUUUGCCUGGGGGUUGGGCGAGGACGCUCCGCUGUUUGAGCAUCUGAGGGCGACUGUCGAUGGCAUCUUGGCCUUGCGCGAGGUUGACGAAGGGGAGUCAAAAGACGAACUGUAA